UCCCGAUCUGAAUUGGCAGAGCGUUCUUCCACCAACUCUUCUACUGUGGAUGAACCAGCUACUCCAAUUGUGGGCGAAGACGCGGCCAACGUGGAAGUCGUUCGACUUCGUGGAGCGGCUGCGACUGUUCCAUUCGAUAAGGGAACAGAUUGUCCAAUAAAACGCUUUAAGACGGUCAUUCCGCCUGCCACCGGCACCUCACCUCCCUAUGGAAAGUAA